AUGUCGACCGACUAUAAGUUUGAAGGCUGGAUGGGAGAGUCCGCCGAGUCCGCCAACGGCAAGAUGGUUUGGAAGGAGUUUGAGCCCAAAAAAUGGGAAGAGAACGACAUCGACAUCAAGAUUACACACUCUGGCAUUUGCGGAUCCGAUCUGCACACUCUGCGUUCCGGCUGGGGCGCUACCCCCUACCCGUGCGUCGUCGGUCACGAAAUUGUUGGUGUCGCUGUUCGCGUCGGCUCCAAGGCCGAAGGCGGCAUCAAGGUUGGCGACGUAGUCGGUGUCGGCGCGCAGGGUGACUCGUGCCUCGGCCGCGGUAAGAAGGCGUGCGAGCCCUGCAAGACGAACGAAGAGCCCUACUGCGUCAACGGUUUGGUCAACACGUACGGGAGCAAGCACUACAACGGCGAUAAGGCGUACGGCGGGUACGCGCUAUACCACCGCGCGGCGUCGCACUUUGUCUUUAAGAUCCCCGACGGCCUCGCGCCAGAGUACGCCGCGCCGAUGCUGUGCGGUGGCGUGACAGUGUACUCGCCGCUACGACACUGGGGCGUUGGCCCCGGCAAGAAGGUGGGCGUUGCUGGUGUCGGCGGCUUGGGCCACUUUGCCGUCAUCUUUGCAAAGGCGCUCGGCGCUGAUGAGGUGGUGGGAAUUUCGCGCAAGGCGUCGAAGCGCGACGAGGCCAUGUCGCUCGGCUGCGACGACUACAUUGCGACCGAGGACGACAAGGAGUGGUCGCAGCACAAUGCCCGGCGCUUCGACGUCAUCAUCUCGACUGUCUCGUCGGCCAAGAUGCCCAUUGCCGACUACAUGAACACACUCGCCCUCAACGGCAGCAUGGUCCAGGUUGGCGCGCCCGAGGAGCCUGUGCCUGUGCCCAUCUUCUCGCUGCUCACAGGCCGCCGCAGCCUCGCCGGCUCGGCGAUUGGUAGCCCCAAGGUGAUUCGCGAGAUGCUCGAGUUUGCGGCCAAGAAGAAUGUCAAGCCGUUUAUCGAGAAGAGACCCAUGUCGGAUGCUAACCAGGCAAUCAUCGACAUGGAGGCAGGCAAGGCUCGCUUCCGUUAUGUCUUGGUCAACGAGUAG